AUGGCCCCGCAGGCUCUCGGCCGGCGAGAGACCAGCGGGAUGGACAACCCGCAGGGGGCGUCCUGGCUCGUCCAGGUCGCGGAGAAGCUCAACGACGGCAUCUGCGCUGGACUGACGCCGCGCUUCAAGCAGCGGAGGAUCCUCGCCACGAGCCCCGUCGACGCGCGCCAGAAGUACACGCGCGCGUCCACGCUGGUGUGUCGAGUAAUGUGGGCCGCUUUCCACACCUUCCUCAUCGUCGUUCUCGCGACGAACCCGGGAAGCACGCUCAACAUCACCCUCCGCUUCGAGGACUCCAAGUGGGAAGUGACCCCGUUCGCGUGGAUCUACCUGACGGUGUUUGGGGUGAACUUCUUCCUGUUCUGCUACGCCUCGGCCUCGAACCCCGGCUACGUCCUCGAGGACCGCGACCGCAUGCUCGGCGGCGUCACCGACUCGGCGGCCGCCGGCGCGGGCGAGGGCGCGUUCAGCGAGUGGCACGCUGCGGAGACGGCGCGCGACCGACGCGCCGGGCGGAACCACGCGGCGAUGCUGUCGUCCUCGUCCACCUCGAGCAGCAUGCGCAACGCCACGGCGAACGGCGCGGGCAGCGGGAAGCAGCGGGGCUCGAUCAGCAACCCGUUUGCGCGUGCCACGCGCGAGGGCGCGACCGGCGCGCACGACGAUCCGACGACGCCGCCGCGCGGCGGCCCCGGGGAGCCGGGUUCGCGGACCGCGGAGUGGUUCAAGUCGCCGGCCUCGCCCGCGCCGGGCAGCAGCCCAGCCCCCACGAACCUGCGGACCGCGCAGCUCAACACGCGAGCGCUGGUCGCGGAGAUUUACGCGUCAUACCGCACGGACGGGGCGUCGAACGUAGCUUCGAAGGAGUCCGGGAGCCCGCCCGCCCCGGGCGCGCGGGUGCGGACGCAGGUGGAGGAGUCUCGGUACUCCCCCAAUCGGCGGCCAGGCUCGCCGAUGGGUGCGGGGGCGACGCGGCAGGCCUCGCUGCCGAUCGGAGGGCCCAGGCUCGACGGGGCCGCGCAGGAGGUGUGGGGGGCGUUUGACGGCAGCUCGGAGGAGGGGGACGAUGCAGGCGCGAGUCGGUCGACGGCGGGCCGCGACGCACCGCAGCGGCGCGAUAGCUCCGGGUCGCUCUUCGACAACCUCGAGGUGCACGCGACCGCGAAUGCGCCCGGCGGGACCGAGACGGGCGCGGCCAGCGACGACGUAGUGAUUGAGUUUGGGGACGACGCAGACAGGGAGCCGGGGCGCGUCUCGGGGCCCGCAGACGCGCGGCCUCCGCAGCAGGGCCCCGGGCUCGCGAUGCGGGGCGUCGCGCGGCCGGCGCCUGAGCGCGAGGGGCGGUCGCAGGACGGCAGGGCGCAGAUGUGUGGGGCGCGGCGGGGGCGGGCGCUGCCGGGGUCGGCGCGCCCGGACGCCCCGCGGGCCUCGCGGCUGCAGCAGGCGACCGGCGGCCAGCCGGCGCACCACGGAUACGCGGGGACGGAGGUGGAGAUGGCUCCAGUCGUGCCCGCGCACCUGGCGCACACCCCUGCGGGGUCGGCGCGCGAGCCGUCGGGCGACCGGCCGCGCGUGCUCCCCCCGCACGCGCCGUACCCGGCGCCGCCGCAGGACCUUGAGGCCGGCGUGCUGGCGAGGACGUCGCAUGUGGCGCAGGACUCGCUGCGCGCACCCACAACGAGCGGCGUUGCGCGGCGGAGCUCGCGCGGCGCGCGCGGGGCCGCGGUGGAGUGGCGCCCCCCCGAGGUGGAGAACCUGGACAUGCCGUGCGAGGUGGUCCUGGAGCCGCCCGAGUCGCGCGUGCCGCACAACGCCAUCUCGCACCAGGGGCGCUUUUGCCGCGUGUGUCGGCUGUGGCAGCAGCCGCGGAUCAAGCACUGCUUCGACUGCGGGAAGUGCGUCUACCGCUUCGACCACCACUGCAUCUGGCUGGGCGUGUGCGUCGGGCGCCGCAACUACGCGCGCUUCACGUGGUUCGUCACCGUCCAGUUCGGGCUCAUGGUGUGGAGCCUCGUGCUCUUCGUCGACGCCUUCCGCGGCGGGGGCGACUUCGGGGACUGGAUGUGGAGCAACUGCCUGAUCCUCAUCGGGUCGAUCCUCGUCGCGCUCGUGACGCUCCUGACCGGCAUCCUGUGGCUCCAGAGCCUGUGGAUGCUCGUGACCAACCAGACGUCGUACGAAAAGCACAAGGCGGGCCGGGUUUGGUACCUCAAGCACGUGCCGGCGGGCGUGAACCCGUUCUCGCGCGGGGCGUGGUGGAACUUCCGCAUGGUGUGUCUGCUGCGCGGGGACUGGCGCGCGGACACGAUGCGCGCGCUGCCGGACCUGGUGCGCGAGGCGGAGGAGGCCAAGCGCGACACGCUGUGCAACAACCGAUACUACCAAUGCUGCUGA